CAAUUCUUUCGGACUUCAAUCGCAGUGACGACGACGGCAAAUAUCCACACCUCGCUCCAUUCGCCAUUCUGAUAAUCCAGCAUGGCUUCCCAGAGCGUACAGACCUUCGGCAAGAAGAAGACCGCAACAGCGGUAGCACACUGCAAAGCCGGCAAGGGCCUCAUUAAAGUGAACGGAAAGCCUCUGCACCUCGUCGAGCCCCAGAUCCUGCGCUUCAAGGUUUACGAGCCAAUCCUGCUGGUUGGUCUUGAUAAGUUCGCCGGUGUUGACAUUCGUGUGCGCGUCUCCGGUGGUGGAUCUACCUCGCAAAUCUACGCUAUCCGCCAGGCUAUCGCAAAGGCCAUCGUCGCCUACUACCAGAAAUAUGUUGAUGAGUACGCGAAGAACCAGAUCAAGCAGACCCUUGUUCAGUACGACCGCACGCUGCUCGUAGCCGACAACAGGAGAAUGGAGCCGAAGAAGUUCGGUGGUCCAGGUGCCCGCGCAAGAUACCAGAAAUCGUACCGUUAAACAGCGAAAUCUUGGUGUUCUCGUUGUUCAAAUGUGGUUCGAGAAGAGAUGGGCUGAAUGUGCAAAAAUCUCUAGUUGUGUGCUAUUGCAACAACAAAUCAAAUGCGAACAUGGCAUGGAGUACUAUGGUCUUAUGUAUGGGGCCUCGAUGCAUAUUUUGCGAGGCUUUUGAUAUGAGCAAGAAUCAAUCAUAAAGCUUCAAUUACUUUCCACGGCGUUCCAGCACUCUACACUCUGGAUGCCAUUGUUGGCUGGUUAAGGGCCUCGUAGCCUGAGAGUUAUGGCAGACUCAUUCAGCCAUAUCGUUCCUUUGCC